GACCCGGCCCAUUAACAUUCACCAACUUCUUCUAGGACUAAAUUAGGGUUUCAUCUUCAAUCUUUCCUGUUAUAAAACAACCAAAUUAGCAUCCAAAACUAAUGAACAACAACAAGAAGAAGAAACCCACAUGUAUCACCCAGUUCCAAAACGCCGCCGUUUACAUCCUCCCAUACCUCCACCCCACAGAACUAUCAUCCAUUUCUUCAACCUGCAAAGCCCUAAAUCUCCUAACCAAAUCAAUCACAUCCGUCAGAUCAUCCGACGCUUCUAGAACCUUCGAGAAACACCCAAUUCCAUUCAUCAACAACAAUGUAGACAAUCACCCAUAUGCAUACUUCAAUUACACCAAAACUCAAACCCUAGGGUUUACCCACGACCCGACCCGACAACCAUGGGGAUCUUGCUCCGAUACCCGACCCGAAUCGAGUCCGAUUUGUGACUCGACGGGUCAAGAUGGUUGUGGAUGCGAAUGUGAGAUAUUUGAUGGGGAUUUGGACCGGGUCGGGUUGAUUUGCGAAUGCGGGUCGGGUUGUCGGAUCCGGGUGUUAUCGGUUCGGUUGAAGAUUGUUAGGAGUGUGAAUAAAGGUUGGGGUUUGUAUGCUGAUGAGUUUAUUAAAUGUGGAGAGUUUGUUUGUGAGUAUGCAGGUGAGCUUUUGACGACGAAAGAAGCAAGAAGACGUCAACUAACAUACGAUAAACUCGUGUCCGGUAGCAAGCGUACAUCCGCUCUUCUAGUUGUGAGGGAGCAUCUUCCAUCCGGAAACGCAUGUUUGAGGAUUAACAUUGAUGCCACAAGAAUUGGGAAUGUUGCAAGGUUCAUCAACCAUUCGUGUGAUGGUGGGAAUCUUUCGACGGUUUUGGUAAGAAGUUCGGGUGCUUUGUUACCUCGAGUAUGCUUUUUUGCGUCCCGUGAUAUAUUAAAGGAUGAAGAGCUUACGUUUAGUUAUGGUGAUGCGGGAGUGAAUCCGAAUGGAUCGAAGUGUUUUUGUGGCAGUAGUUGUUGCUCUGGUAUCAUGCCUUCUGAACAUACAUAGUUGCCGAUUUGCUGGUAUUUUGGACCUCGUUUGAGUGGUCGAUUUAUGUACAAACAGGUCGAUUUGGGUCGAAUUGAAAAAUAUAGCUAAAAGUGUAUUCUUACUUCUUGAUGCAUGUAAUCUUCUUAAUCAUUUUA